GUUCUGUCCCUUUUUAAUUUUUCCUAGCUUCUCUCACGAUGUCUGGCCCCACCUGGCUCCCCCCAAAGCAGGUGUGCGUCUCGGGGUCUCCUGGUAUCCUGGUCUCCGCUCCAGUGGCUUGCAAGCCCCAGAAGAGUUUUGCUACUGCUCCCGCCGCCCCCAGGCCCCUGUACGGAUCUCAGGAGGCCAACGGGACUAUGAGUGCCAUGGGGCCGGCCCCUCGGUACCCACCCCCUGCAGCAGGGCCCCCUUCCCUUUCGCAGGAGGCCUCAGCUGAGCACCACUACCCAGCCAAAGAGGAGCAAGGAUCGGGGGGUUCGUGGGGCAGCGUCUCUCCUCCGGGCUACCCCGGGCAGGGCCCCUCCCUGGACCAGCGCCCGGCUCGCUCUUCCAGCAUUGACGUCCAGAUAGACUCCCUCACCAACAUGCUGGCGGAUAUGGAGAGCACCGGGCACCGCCGGGGUGAGAGGCAGAACGUGGAUUCUGCUCCGUACCCACCUGCCCCGCCGCAUCCGGGUGCCUACAAACCUACCGGUGCCUACAAGCCAGGAUCCUCAGAAGCCUUCCCCACAGCUUCCGCCGCUGACUCUUACGCCAAGAGUGUGCCUUACGGAGGUCAGCCAAUGCCAGCCUACCCGGUCUCCUCAGGGCUGCCCUCCCAGUACGGCACUCCUGUCACCGGCGACUCUUACGGAGCGGGAUACCACCGGGCGACGGCAGUCUCCAAGCCGUUCCCCCAGCCAACGCCGGCUUCCUACGCCACGGCCUCCACUUCCGCCGGUCCGCAUUUCAACGUUCAAGUGAAGGUGGCCCAGCCAGUCCCGGGCUACAACCAGCCACGGCGCAGGGCGGAGCAAGCGUAUGGCCCUCCGUCCCCGCAGCCUGGCUAUGCAAAGCCGCCCCCUCAGUAUGCCUCAGAGCCGGGGCUCAGGACCCGACCCCACGACGCAGAGCCCUGGUACCCGGACCCCCCAUCUUACGGCAAGCGGGUGGGCGAGGGGGAGUUCUACGCCGGACCUGGAGGGCACUCCAAGCUGGGCUCGCCGGGAGGGCAGUACCAAUCUGGAUUGGCGAAGCCAGGGAAGGAGGAGUUGGCGCCCUUGUCCCAGAUGCCGGCCGGCGGCGGAGGGUUGAGAUACCAGCACCAGGCUCCCCCAAGCCGCCCAGAAGAAGAGCUGGAUCGGCUGACAAAGAAACUUGUGUACGACAUGAACAACCCUCCGUCCGGCGAAUAUUUUGGUGAGGAACCCGCACGGGAGAUCUGGAAGUGGGGAGGGCCAUAUGUCAUGACAUUUCCUCUCCUCUCUCCCCCGCAGGAGUGUGGGCUGCUGCUCUCUUCGGAGGGCGAGGGACGCGGCUGCUACCCGCUGGACGGCCACAUUCUGUGCAAGAGCUGCAGCGCGCGGCGGAUCCAAGAGCUCUCCUCCAAGAUCACCACGGAUUGCUGAUGUGCGCGUGGGCGGGGGGGGGGACCCUGGCGCUCUCCUGCCUCCUUCGACCUCCUCCUCCCAGUCCCUCCCCUCCCCCCCACCUGUGUUGGCCUUCUCCUGCUCCUCCUUGGCAGGACCUGAGACGCCCCCUCUGCUCCCCCCCCAAAAAAAACUCCCUUGCCUCCGCACCUUCCUAAGAGGAGCCAGACAUGAAUGUCUCCACCCCCUCCCCUCUGCCUGCAUCAUCACAUGACUUAAUUCUUACCGCCUUCCUGCCCCAAGGAGCCCCCAAACCCAUAAGCUGGUCUUAGCUGGGGGGUGGGGUGGGGGGGCCGCGUGCCAUUCUUUCUUCCUGCUCCCCACUGUUUCAGGCCCUUCUUUCGCCCUCAUCCUCUAGCCUGCAGCUCAGGAGGCCGGACUCCUGGGGCGGUUUUAAAUCUCCUCCGAUAUUCAAGUUACUGUAUUGGUUUUCUUGGAAAUGUCGCUCUCCUACCUCUUGAGUUCUUCUUACCACGGUGGGGUGGGGGGAGAACCGGCAUGUUCCACGUCAGAAUUUAAAUAAAGAAUGUCAGCAUUU